GAAACUUGUUUCCGCGACCAAACAAUCGCUUUCCGUCUUAUUAGAAAAUUGCCCUAAAAUGUGAGAAAAAGUGUGUGAAAGGCGACACAAACCAGUGAGUGCUGCCCUACAAUGUAAAGACUUGCUGGGGAGGAUGUCUGGACAAGUGGGAACGACGCGGGUUCAGUUGAUGUGCAGCAAGUUUGAGAAUUUGCUUAAGGAGGAGCACCAAAGUCAUCAAACCAUCCCCAAAGUGGCCGCCAAGGGUGGCCAGCGCCCCCUCUUGCAGCGUUCCGCCACCGCCUUCACUCUCCGUCGUGUGGACAGUGCGGAAAAGUUGUCCGGCAGCGAAUUGGGCUCGAAGAGGAUCAAACGCAGUCCGGCCUUCAGAGAGAAAUUGCAGGCCAGGAGCAGGAUUUCCUCCUUCCCACUGCCCGGCGGCUCGCCAGAUCAUAGCGACACCAUCCUGCGGGCGCUGAAGCACCCAUUGCCAAAGGGGCCCCCACCGAAGAAACCGCCGAGGGCAUUUGAGGCCACCCGGAACAGUCCGGCGGCGGAGCACAUCUACAUGGAGCCCUUUGAGCACUUGCGCAGUCACUCUGAAGGCACCGGAAGCCCGUCAGCGGGCUCUACGGCCUCCACAGCGAGCAGCAGAGAGUUCAGGGAGUCGCCAACGAAACCUGAACUCCACUAUCUGUGCACGGACGUCACGGGACUCCGCGAGGACGAGCGCCCCAUGGAGAAGAUCUACGAUCAGGUGGGUGAGAUCGUCACUGUGGCCUUUGAUGGGUCCGUGUCCGAUGCCAAUAUCACACUGCUGCCGCCAGAGGGUGAGACUGGUGAGAAGAUUAGGGCGACGCGGAAGGAGCCAAGUACAAAUCUGUCCAGGAGUUGCACGGAGAAGAGGCGAGAGUACGUGAGGAGGACGUCGACGCUGUACGGCACGCUUCAUAGGCGAGAAUCAGUGGAUGCGACAGUGCCUAAGCCCAGUCAGAAGGAAGUCGAUCUGUUCAGGAUGUGUCUACUAGUGGAGUUCAAUUCUAUUACGAAUACGGCGCAUAUCAAGAGUCAAUUUCCCAGCGAGAGCGCCAUUCCGAGGAAUCUGGAGCAGCUGGUGUUCCCGUGCGGCGCGAAGCAGAGUGAAGGGCGGCCGAGGGAUGGUCAGGACUAUUCGCUGAUUCUCACGAAUGACAAUGGCGAGAGAUUGUACGGAUAUUGCAGGCGGAUUCUGCCUGAGAACAGCGAAAUUCUCCUGCCGAUGGCGUAUUGUCUGCUCACGGACACCAAAGCGCCUGGAUUCUACUUCAAGCUAUUGAAAGAGAUUGAGUCUCGCCAUGGACAGACCAAGAGUCAGUUCACGCGAAUGCUGCAGGACUUAAUGGAGUUGAAACUGCCGCCGCCUGGUCAGGUGUUGAGCCUUAGACUCUCACCAGCGUCCAACAAUGGGUCUAGACCGCCAGGAAUCUCACCUGACUUCUCUUGCAUCUCCACGGCGAGCUUCUUGAGUGGUGAUCUCGUCUUCCUGCGUCGUCCGUCGGACGUGCGCCUGGAGAGCAGCGAUUUGUGGCUUCUGCAUCGCACUCUGGGGUCUGAGCUGCUCUUGCACGUCUUCGGGACGCUUCUGCUGGAACGCAAAGUGGUGCUGUACAGUGAGAGUGUCUCUCUGGUGGCUUCCUGUAUCCUUGCCCUAGCGGAGAUUCUGUAUCCCUUCCAGUGGCAGUACACGCUAAUCACUGUCGUGCCGCAUCGCCUCCUGGAGAUCUGCCAGGCGCCCUUUCCUGUGCUCGUGGGCAGCGUGUGUGAAGUGGACGAGAUGGUGAUUGAUGAUGGAAUUGUGGUGAAUCUGGACAGUCGUCGAAUGACGCAAUGCUGCGGCGAUGAGAUGACUCUGAUCCCGGCGAAACUAAGAAACUCUCUUCUCGUCUCGCUGGAGAUGUACAAUGCGCUGAAUGAGGACAAAUUUCUUCUCAGUGUUCUCAUUGCUGAGGCCUUUCUGCGCUUCUUCAUUGAGAUCUUCGAGAAUUUCCCAUACGACGCGCCCAUACACAAGGAGAAGCUCAUCAGUUCGCAUCCGAAUCCGUCCGUUCAAAUCUUUCUGGAAUGGUUCGUGGAGACGGCGAUGUUUCAUCACUUCGUGAAGACCCGCUCGGCCGGCCAGAGUGACAAGAUGUACAAGAUCUUCGAGGCACGGCUGCUGGAGAAGGGUCAGGGCGACCGACGGAGGAUUGUGCAGAAUCUCGGAGGCCUGGCGCCUCUAAAUCGCAAAACGAAGACGCUGCGAGAGCGCUUCCGGGAGUUUUUCGAGUGAAACUCAAGUGCCUAGUGUUUGGAAAGUGCAUUUAUGAGUAGCUUUAGCGAGACUCCAACUCACCAAGAGUAGUUCUUAAGUGCCUCUAUAACGAUAUUAAACUAAGAAAAGAGAUGAUACAUUUUUAUAGCGCACAAUUUAUAAAAUCUACUUUUCCCAGCCGGAAAACUUCAUGAUAUUUCUUGUGUGAUAGUUUAGGACAUUUCCCUCCUGCAAAAGCUAAUUGAAAUUUUAAGUGCGAUUAACAAUAGAACAAGAGAAGUUGGAAUAUAUUGACAAUAAAGCCAAUAAAGCGUUUUCUAAGAGAUUA